GAUCGAUCGCUUUGCUUCGAAACUUGAUUACUGCUGGCUUAAAAAGGUGCAGCUUGGUAUGUAUAUCCGAUGAUGAGUUGAAAUCAAAGGGCUCCUGCUGCGAGAAUAAAGCCAAUGAAUAAAACAGUGAACCACGAGUAAAGUCGAUUCGCUUAUCGUGAGGUGAUGCCUCUGAAGUUGGCAUUUUCAACGACAUUUUCUAUUCAGUGUGUCUGAAGUUAAGACUCUGGUAGUUCGGCUCUUUAGAGAACAAAAUGAGUAACUUCCUCUGUUUUCCUCGUUUUUCCUCCUCUUCUCACAACCCCAGAAGAAGUUCUCGACACCCGCCGAGGACUGACACCCCACAAGGUAGAGUCGUGGAUCCAGGUAUAAAUAUAGUCGAGACUGAUGGGACUGGGAUAAGUGGUACUGGAGUUACUGGCAAAGGAGUGCAAUACUACUACCCGACUAGUGCAGAGCAGGCUAGCCAGUCCCGAGUGAAAAGGAACAAAAGCAGGGCUAAGGAAUCUUUGGUAGAUAAGACAAAUGCAGCAAGUAGCAGUAACAGCAGCAGUAGCAAGUGCAACGUGUGUGCGUGUCCAGGCGAGGGGGAAGGGGACUCGAAAACGAACAUGUAUCUACAGCUGAUGCCAACGGAGGUGAAGCAAUUGCACGUGGCAGUCAUGAAGAAUGAUUCAGUUACUGUCUCCUCACUCAUAGAACAGGGAGUGGAUGUGAACUUUCCGUGGGUGAGUGAGCCGAAUUCUUGUGCAGUUAAACAUGGCAUCAGUCCUCUGAACGAGGCAGUGGCACUCAACCACACUCGGAUAGCCCUCAUGCUCAUCGACGCAGGCGCAGACGUCAACGAGGUCGACUCCAAAGGUGCGUGUGUAUGUCAGAAGUCUUGUUUGCAGUUUCUUCUAUAUUGCAAGAAUGGAGGAGGAUUAGUUAAGAGGCUCAAUAUUCGCUUAGCCUAUGAAUAAAUCCCUUGUAGGGGUGGAUAUUCGUCUCUAGGUCCUAUAGACGAAGGGGAGUUGUGAAAUAGGGAUAACAUUCCUAGCAAGAUCUGUCUGGACUAGCUGUUCCUCGAUUCUUUCUCUGGUUCGCCAGGUGGUAAUUAUAUAAUUACGCUUGCGAUAAUCAAGCGUUAUCAAAUCUGGAUAUAGACUUUUUUAGGCUAGCAACUUGGGCUCUUACCAC